AUGGGCCGUGUUCCCUCUCCUGGCUUCCAGUUCAGUCAUGGCACUGAAAGAGGUCUCUGGAAGCUCUCGAUGCGACGACUACGUAGAGAGUGGUUUCAUGGUUCUUUUCGCGCGUGCACGUGCCAUCACUUUGUUUGUUGCUGCCUGCCCACACUUUUCUCGGUUUCGGACUCGAAAUCUCUYCCUCUCUUCACACCAUCAACUCCUUCCUCAGGAGGUUGCCUCUCGUUGUUGCGCAUACUACCUUGA